UCAUGCAUGACAAACUGGCUAAUUUUGAGAGACGCCAUCAACCUCGAAUGAUCAACUUCUCCAUCUGUUUAUCACCUUUGAUUACAUAUUUGAUCACUUCAUGUUAAAGAAAUAGGCACCCAUUUUCAUUUCAGUCUCUCUCUUCCUCUCUGUUUUUUGUAUCUAAUGGGGAAUGCAACAUCUUGUGCUCCGUCAAUCAUCUCAUCAAAUGGAGUAGUGAAAGUCUUGUUCUCUGAUAAUGGCAAUUUGCAAAUCUACACGAAGCCAGUUAAAAGCAGCAUAGAGCUCAUGCUAGAGAACCCUGGACAAUUUGUUUGUGAUUCUGCUAGUCUAAAAGUUGGUUAUAGAAUUCAUGGUCUAUCAGCUAAUGAUGAGCUAGAGAGGCGCCAACUCUACUUAUUUGUUUUGCCCACGGAGCUUCUCUACUCGGUGCUAACACAUGAGGAACUGAGCUCUCUCACUUAUAAGGCUACCAAGGCACUGAAGUAUAACAAUUUUGGCAAGAUUUUUCCAGUCCUCAGUGAGUUUUGCAUUUUCCCUUCAGAAGGGAAAACAACGGAUAGUAUGGCCACAGAGCCACAGCCUAUGGAGAGGUAUUCCAAGCAAAGAUCAUGGAAGCCUGCCUUGGAAACCAUUGUUGAAACUCCUUGUAGGCGGCCUUGAUCAGCGUGUAUGGUUCUUCUUUUUCUUCUUUCAAUUUCCUUCUUUUGUUUUUUUAGGAUUUUUUUUGCUGACAUUAUGAGUAGAUUAUUAGCAACAUGUGCGCCUGUCAAGUUCAUUAUUGUAGUAUAAAUUCUCCAGCUGUUUAUCCUCCAAAACAAAGAGAAGAUCAUUGCGCUAGAAUUACAACAAACCUGAUGCAUUUUAAAUGUUGCUGCUCUAUAUAUAAUGUAAAAUCUCGGGUUUGUAGAAAUUUAAAUAUUCUCAAAUGUAA